AUGAAAGAAGGAAAGAAAGAAGGAAAGAAAGAAAGAUAUUCUGGACAUUCCAACGACAAAAACAGCGCAGGGCGAAACAAAUCUUGUGACGUCAUGAAUCAAAGUCCCUCAGUUGACCACGUGGACAGCCCUCAGUCACAUGUUCAACCGCAGUCAACAUUGGCAACGCCACCAUCGCUAUUUUAUUCGUCCGCCUACUCUCCACCAUUCAACAACUAUUGUUACAACCACCAACAAAAUAUGGUGCACCAACCGCAACCACAACAAUACCAGCCACAGCCAUACUGCAGCUACUACAGCAGCUACAACAGCACCAGCCCAUUAAUGCAACAGAACAAAAGUUAUCUACCAGGUUACGAACUGAUGGUGGGUCAUAAUAAUGGGAACACUGCUGGAGCGUUGAAUCGGGUCAGGAAUUUUCCAGAAGAUGGUCUCAAUGAAAGUUAUCCAGCCAACAAAUGGUUCAACAAUUAUCACAGCAGCAACAACAACAUCAACCACAACCAUCAAAACAUCAAUAGCAACAACACUAACAUAAGCAGUUAUCAAUGCAACUACUACCAUUUUUACAACUACAAUAAUAGCAGCCAUUACAAUCAACAUAACAAGGAAACAACCCAGAGUUGUUUUCCUUACGAGGCUACUAACGAAAGCUGUCCAUACCUCUGCAACGAUCAAGAAGGUAGUGUGAAAAAACUGAUGCAGAAGAUAACAAGUCAAGAAUUUUUUCAUACUCUUAAGUAG